AUGGCGGCGCAGCGUGGUGCAAGCCGGGCCCCGAUGCUGCAAGAGGUUUCGGAAGCGCCCGCGGCACCGCGUUGCAAAUCCCAGGCGCCCACGGCAACUCCCCGGAGGUUUUUGCGCGAGCGUGUCGUCCAGCGCGCCCUCGCCCCUAGCCACCGACUGGCGGCCGGCGCUAUCGAAUGCAAACGGGUACACGAGGCCAGCUGCGUAGAUGAACGCGCGCUCUGGCAGUGUGGUGGCUGGUGCGGGCCGGGGUUGGCGUUAGAGAACCCCGCCACCGCGGGCCAGCCCAGUGUUGAGGGAAGGCGAAGCGGGCAUUUGCGGCGGUCGAAGUGGCACUGCGAAGCCCAUCCCGACCGCGCCAAAACCGAGAGGGAUUCUCACUUUCCUCGUCGCCGCCGACCCAGGGCGCCCCACAAAAGGCCUAGCUGCGCGCGAAUGCUGCAAGCACUACUGGAGAGACCCGCCGACCCCCCAGAGCAUGUAGGCAACGUUUGGCGUUUCAGAUGGCCGAUCCAAAAACCAGCACAGAGCUCCCCCACCGCGGUGGGGCCCGAUGGAGGGGGGCGGCUUGCCCAGGGUGCCGAAGGCAGAGCGCGCCGCAGUGGCUCCCGCGGAGGCCAUAGGGCACAAACCCAGCUAAAACCGCAGCGCCGCAGGAAGAUCAACAUUUCCCUCGCCGACGCUGAAAAGCAGAAAACAUGA